AUGUGGUUCCCGUGCCGCGAGGGCUACGUCUGCGACUUCGCGACGACCCCAGACGUAGAUUUGCUCGCGCCGGCGUCGCAGUUCACGCACAUGUGCCCGCCGGGCUACCGGUGCCAGGACGGGACCGGUUUAGGGCAGGCGGAGCGGUUCGAGUGCGAGGAAGAUUUUUUUUGCCCCUCGGGUACCGCGGAUGAGUUAUUCGGCGCGCUAGCGGAUGAUGCGAUGGCUCGAUCUUUGUCUGCUGAAGAAAGCGACCCGGACCUACGGCAGCGCCACGUCCACUACCUGUCGGACGACGACGUGCGCGUCGUCUCGGACCACGACGAC